AUGCCGAAGGGUUUCCUGAUAAAACGCUCUAAAAAGGCUGGAGCAGUGUCCUACAGACUCAGAGUGCAGGAUGAAGACGAGGCAAUUCCACAUGCCCUCCCGAGUCCAGGACUUCACUCUUUCUGCGCUACAACUCUUCCCUCAGUCCUUGCUGAAAGGACAGUGUGUUUGGGAGGCCUGCCUGAAUCACUGUGCGCUCCUGCGCUCAGCCCGACUCGUCCAGACGGAGACGGGUACAUGAACCAAUACCCAUUACCACACCACAGAGAUCAUGAUGAUGACUCUGCUGCUUCAUUAAGUCGACCUGAGCUUUUCCUCGAGCCAGUUCUGGGCGGUUUUGCGGUCAACGGAUCUCCAGUGUCGCCGUCUCUGCCUGAAACGAGCACCAAAGUCGACUCCAUGAAACGACCCGCAGCAGCACCAUCAAACUCCAAAAGCAGCCAAUCCAAAAAGCGCAAAGAGAGAAAAGCGGUUAGCCAAGACGACGUGACCACGUCUCCAGUUCUGGGGCUCCGCAUUAAACAAGAUCCUGUGGAAGACUCGAAGCAAGGUCCGAGCAGCCAUCUAGGGGAGUUCAUCUGCCAGCUGUGUAAAGAGAGAUACUCAGACCCGCUCACUCUGGCGCACCAUAAGUGUUCGCGGAUUGUGCGCAUCGAGUAUCGCUGCACCGAGUGCGACAAAACAUUCAGCUGCCCGGCGAACCUGGCGUCUCACCGGCGCUGGCACAAACCUAAAGGAGAAGAAAAUCAAUCCAAUGUGCUGAGCGCAACAAGCCAAUCCGAGCACUCCGACUCAGGCUCUGAGGAUGAAGCGCUGUUCAGUUGCACCCAUUGCGCCAAAAAGUUCCGGAGACAGGCGUACUUGAGGAAACAUCUCGCUCUUCAUGAGAGGAAAGCUGCAGGUUUGAGGCACGAGCUCAGCCUCGCAGGUCUGUCUGAGUCUGGCGUCCUGGUGAAGGAAGAGGUUCCGGAAUUCUCUUGGAAACUUCCGACUAAAACACCCGACGUGUUUCCGUGUCGGUUCUGUGGAGAGAGUUUCUUCUCCUCUCCUGGGCUGAUGAGGCACAUCAACAAACAUCAUCCAACAGAAAGCAAGCAAAUGAUUUUACUCACACACAACAUCUAA